AGUGUUCAUUUAUUGCCGCAACAGGUAACGAUGGUAACGGAACGGUUCGUGGGUCUAGCGCUAGUUUGCGCAGUGACGUUGGUAGCUUGCGCUCACGGCAAGCUUAGCUACGAAAACUAUGCAGUGUAUAGGGUUGACAUUGCUUCGGAGAAACAGCUGGCGGUGCUGCAACACCUGGAGUCCCUUCCCAAUGGGUACACCUUUCUGGACUUUCCAUCGAGUGUGAACAAAAGCGUUGAAGUUGUCAUUCCACCCAGUGAGGUAGUGAAUGCGCAAAGACUCUUCCGACAGCAUGGCAUCACGAAUAGCCUCAUCACUGGCAACCUGAAACAAAUCCUUGAUCAGGAGCGUCCCGCUCGCAGAAAGGCGGAAGGUUUCGGCUGGACCGACUAUCAUACCCUCGAAGAGAUCUACGCCUGGCUGGACGAGAUGGUGGCACAGUACAGCACCGUCCUGUCGGUGGAAACCAUUGGACAAACGUACGAGAAGCGUGACAUGAAGGUGAUCAAGCUGUCGUACAAGGCGGGCAAUCAGGGUAUCUACAUCGAUGCGAACAUUCACGCCCGCGAAUGGAUCACUUCGGCUACCGUUACGUGGCUGCUGAACGAGCUGCUCACGUCCGAGGAUGCUCGUGUGCGUUAUAUUGCGGAAAAUUAUGACUGGUUCAUUGUGCCUGUGGCAAAUCCGGAUGGGUUUGUGUACACGCAUACCACGGAACGUUUGUGGCGCAAAACCCGAACCCAGCACAAUCUGCUGUGCUACGGAACUGAUCCUAAUCGCAACUUUAACCACCAAUGGAACAAUGGUGGAACGUCUACGAUGCCCUGCUCCGACACCUACUCCGGUCCGGAACCAGAGUCGGAGGUUGAAGUGAGCAAUCUCACCUCAUUCGUACGAUCGAUCGCGGCAAACGUGAAACUUGCUCUGUCCGUUCACUCGCACGGCCAAUAUAUACUAUUUCCCUUUGGCUACAAUAAUGCACCGCGCGCUUACAACUAUCAAGAUUUGUUGCAGGUCGGACAGCGUGCUGCAGUUGAUAUCUACAAACUAUACAGUAUGCCAUACCGCGUAGGGACGACGGCUGAUGCGUUGUAUGUUGCUUCGGGAAUUUCGGUUGAUUGGGCCUUUGCCGUUGCUGGCAUUCCGCUUAGCUACACGUAUGAGUUGCGCGAUCAGGGACCGUUUGGAUUCAUCCUGCCGGCCGAACAGAUUGUGCCGAACGCUGAGGAGCUGCUCGAAGGUAUUGCCAGCAUGAUCGAUGAGGCGAAGAUUUUGGGCUACAUGUGAAAUGGAUGUGCAAUAUUGAUACAGUGACCGAGGUCCUGUUCGCUUAGGAAACAAUAAAUUGAAAAGUUUACCACAUUA